AUGGAAGAGCUUGGUAUCCCGGCUCAUCUUAGGGCUGUUGUUCAUAGGCUUUAUGAGGAGGUUAAAGUGAAAAUCAGAACUCAUGAUGGCAUUUCAACUAGUUUUAGGAGUGAUAUUGGCGUCAAACAAGGGUGUCCUCUUUCGCCUACCUUGUUUGGCUUAUGCAUUGACAAACUUGAAGAAUGGUUAAACAUGCAGAAUGGUGAUGGUAUUCAAUUGGGUGAAUUUGUGAUAAGGCUGCUCCUUUAUGCUGAUGACCUCAUUUUGCUUGCUAAUUCCGCCCUUGGUUUGCAAGAGCACUUAUUUGCCCUUGAGCACUUUUGCAAUAUUGUGGGAAUGCAAGUUAAUAUCAGCAAGACGAAAAUCAUGGUUUUCUCAAGUAGAAGGAAACAAGAGCAACAUAAGUUUUACUUUGAAGGUAGCAUUCUUGAAGAAGUUGCAGAUUACAAAUACCUUGGAAUUGAUUUCAACCAGAGUCUUAGUUGGGAAGGUUGCAGGAAGAAGAGAACUCUAGGCGGCUGGAAGGCACUCUAUGCACUUCAAAAUAGAUGCGCAGAGGCUGAGCUUUGGGAUUGGAAAACCAUCCAAACACUUUUUAGGCUUUUGGUGUUGUCAGUUAUUCUAUAUGGUUGUGAAGUUUGGGCCAGCAAUACCUUAGAUUCUCAAUGGAAACAAAUUGAGAGAAUUCAAAAACGUUUGAUCACAAGCAAGUUCAAAAUUAAAAGCACGGUCCCAUAUGAUAUCAUGUUAAGUGAAACGGGUGCUGCCCCUAUUGAGGCAGCUGCUAUGCUUAGAACCAACUCUCACCAACUUCGGUGUGAGACCGAGUGGUGGAAAAGGCCAAAAGAGAUUUGGGAAGAAAGAGUUUGCCCGUUUUGCGUCAGCGGAAGUGUGGAAACUGAAAAACAUUUUAUCUUGGAGUGUGAAGCACUUAAAGUCAGCCGAGAGAAGUUUGUCAAUUUCCUAACUGCCAGCACAUGGUAUAACCUAUUCAACGAGGAGCAUAUCGUGAAGAUGGGUGCUCUCAUCAUCAGCCUGAAUAAGCAGAGAUCAGACCUUAAAAAAACUGAUUCAGCUUGA